CCCAGCAUGUCGUCUGCUGAUUUCUUCACCCUCUUCAAGUUAGGCCUCUUCACUCCCUUCAGCUCAUUGAUCUUCAGAUUCAGAGUCUCGAUCUGUUCCACAAAAAUCACGUGUUGAAGACAAGCUCCUGACAGGAUUCUUGACAACCGCAAGGACUGCCUGCAACCGGGUCUUCCCCACUGCAAAAUUCUCAACUGCUCGGACGAACGCAUAGUUGCAAGCAAUGUACUUUCUCCAACCGGCCCAGACUGGGGUCCUGAGAGUGUCGGUGUGGACAAACAAGGUCUCCUUCCUGUUGUGAAUGUGGGAUGGCACAUAAGAUCUGAUGCGUCCAUCCGUUCCCUUGAUGCAUCAGAGAUACGUAUUGUGGAUGAAAGUGCGAAUCAAAGUCUGUGUGUGCAGUUUCAGUAUUCUUGCAGUUUUCCACGAAUGCAAAAUCCAAACUCUAACAGGUGGACAUUUUCCUUGGAUGAAGUUGUGGUGGAGCCUGGGCAUACUUACAUGGUGUCAGUUGUUAAUUUGCCAGAACCUGAGUUUGGAGAUAACAGAAUUAGAAAGCAAAUUACCGUCCCUGGAUGUUUUGACAGAAGAAUUCAAAUGGCGCAAAUGUGCCUGGAAAAUGGAAGCCUGUGGGAUCCCAACAUGUCUGCCGCUGUGUUGGCUGACGACAAAUCUAAAGUGUCCAUUGUUGUGGAUUUUGAGACAGCACAGUAUUCAGAGAGAUACCAAGUUUCCAUCAUGAACAAUGGCGUCCUUUACUCAAAGAAUGUCUCAAAGGAAAACAGAACAUCGCUGAACGUCACAUUGGAGUUUGAAUUAUGGCAGCUCCCACAGUGUGAAACACUUAUAAUGAUCAAGCCAUUUUUUAUACGAUGCAAAAAUGACUGUGGGAGCGUCAGGAAAAGAGUUAUGUACUGCUUUAAUUAUCCACGGACUUGGGUUAUAAAGGUCGUUAUGGGAAUGCUUGCCAUCGGUGGUUGUCUUGUGUAUUUCAUGUGGAGCACAUAUCACAAAGAUCCGCUGGACACAUCUUCACCUGCUGCCAAGGAACAACCAGAGGUGUUCCAGGUCCAAGAGAGGAGACGCGUCCUCAUCAUCUACUCCCUCGACCAUCCUUUAUACAAAGACAUUGUUCUCAAGCUUUGUGCCUUCCUGGCAACCAAGUGUGGUACUGAAGUGGUCCUGGAUCUGCUGGACUCCACCCGGCUGGCGGUGCUAGGAGGCAUCCAGUGGCUGGACUGGCACAAAGAGCAAAUAGAGAACUCGUCAGAUAAGAUACUAAUCCUGUGCUCACGGGGAGUGCAAGCCAAAUGGAGAGCCAUGUGCAGCGACAGGCCGAUUUUCCUGAAAGAGGACGCCCUUUCACCUGUAGGCGACAUGCUCACCCCGUCCCUAAGCCUCAUGGUCCCACAUUUUAUCCGGUCUGCAUCAUUUAAAAAGUACAUCGUGGCUUACUUCGACGAUGUUUGUUCUGAGGAGGACAUCCCUUCACCUUUCAACAUCACGGUACGAUAUAAGCUGAUGAAACAGUUCGAGGAGGUCUUUUUCAGAAUCCUGGACACGGAAAAGCAGGAACCAGGCAGAGUGAAGCAGAUCGAAGGGCUUUUAGAGGACAAAUACCACCAGUGUCCCUCGGGCAGAGCCCUGCACGAUGCUAUAGAGGCUUUCCGUGAUUAUCAGCUGGAGCAUCCACGGUGGUUUGAAGAGGAAUUACUGGAAAGCUCCGAGUUGGAGCUUGAGGAGACUUCAGAUGAAAUGUAUCCAUACCCAAAAGCCAUCACCAACACAAUCACGUACUCUGGGCUUGACUCAGAAGUCGUUGGUCAUGUGAAGAAGCAAGAAAGAGAAGUCACCAUAAACAAAACAAACCUUUACAUGGCUGAAAAGCUUCACAUAUGCUCCACAACCGUGUUCAAACCUCUUAUCGAGAGAGCGGGUUUAACAGAAUAUUAUUAGUUCAACCUAGCAUUGGUUAUGUAGGAGAGAGACAGAAAAGACAGAGAAACAUGUCCAUCCACACGCAAACAUAAAGCUGAUAUCCACAAUAUGUGGACAUUUUGCACCCAAAUACGUGUCUUAAGUUUUGUUCUGCAGUGUUUUUGCUCUUUUGCCACAUCAUCCUUUGCUUUUUCCCUGAGACAAUUACAAAGAAGUCCAGAGAUCUGUGGUUGAUGCUUGUGGCCUGUGUAAACAGUGCUCGGGUCAAAGUUCAGCCUUCUGGGCAAAGUUUGUAGGAUUUUUGUUUCAGAGAAGGUAAGCACAAAAACGGUCUGUGGAGCUGCUGCUUUUUAUAAAGAACUGACCAAAUAUAAAAUGCUUUUAUUUAGUAAAAUCAUGGACAAAUAUGAUAUAAUGUGAUUUAGUGUAGUGUGUUUAUGGUGAUAUACUACAGAUGUUCUUUCUAAUUGUCUUUGUUUUGGAAAUGUUUUCAGAUUAUUCUGUUCUAAUUGUAUGCAUGUGUUUAUAUUGAUGCCGUAUAUGUCUAAUUCUCGCUGGGAUUUUGGUUAUUUUGAUUAUAGAUCAGGGCUGGGCAAUUCAUUUUUUACAGGGGGCCGCAUGAAAAAUCUGAACUGUGUUGGAGGGCCAAACCAAACGAUAACUUGAACGUUAUUCUGCUCAAUAUUAUUUUUUUCCCAUUGUA